CCGGUAAGCUAGGGAGGGGCUUUGGGGAUAACAUCCCCUUUCAGCCACUCUGUAAACGCACUCGAGAGACUACAUAGCCUACAUAGAACCCCAAUGAGGAGCAAACUGGACUGUCCAUAAAAUGCAUCGUCUAGGUCAUUGGAACACCAUCGUGUAGAGGUUUACAAAGAUGAGCUCCUCAAACAGUACCUGGACCAAGCUGAAAGACCUUGCGCAGGUGGAUAGGGACAUGUACAGGAGCCCCACCGAGGUGAAGAAAAGCCAGAUUGUGAUGCCCUGUCACGCCAACCACUGCCAAGAGCUGAGUGUGGGGCAGCUCCUCAAGUGGAUGGACUCUACGGCCUGUCUGUCAGCUGAGAGACAUGCAGGAUGCCCAUGUGUCACCGCCUCAGUCGAUGAUAUCAACUUUGAGCGCACCAUCGGGGUUGGACAGGUGGUCAAUAUUAAGGCCAAAGUGAAUCGAGCGUUUAACUCCAGCAUGGAGGUUGGUAUUGAGGUGACCUGUGAGGAUCUUUUCAGUGGAGGCAGCUGGAAAGUGUGCUAUGCUUAUGCCACCUUUGUGGCCAGACCUCCAGGAGUUGGAAAGGUGCACCUGAGGCAGUUGGUGCCACGGACUCAGGCGGAGCAGGCAGAGCACAGCGUUGCCGCGGAGAGGAGACGGAUGAGGCUCAUCCACCACGACAUCAUGACGGACAUAUUGAACAACGAGUCCUUUCAGAAGGGCAUCACAGAGGGGGCAGGGAGUCAUGACCUUCAGGAGGCCGUGCCCACAGAGCGGACUCGAGUGGAGAGUGUGGAGCUGGUACUGCCCCCUCAUGCCAACCACCAGGUCAACACUUUCGGGGGUCAAAUUAUGGCCUGGAUGGAGAAUGUGGCUACAAUUGCUGCGAGUCGUUUAUGUAAUGCUCAUCCCACACUGAAGGCCAUCGACAUGUUCCACUUCAGAGGGCCGUCUAGUGUUGGCGACCGUCUGGUGCUGAAAGCGAUCGUCAACAACACAUUCAAACACAGUAUGGAGGUGGGAGUGUGUGCAGAGGCCUAUAAGGGGGAGGAGCCACUUCGGCACAUCAACAGUGCCUUCAUGACAUAUGAAGUGCUUGAUGAAGCGGGGAAGCCACAAAGUCUGCCCCCGAUACGACCAGAGCCAACGGAGGGACAGAGGAGGUACCAGGAGGCUAUUGCAAGGAAGAAGAUCCGACUUGACCGGAAGUACAUCAUCUCCUGUAACCAAACAGAGAUGCCUCUGUCUGUCCCCUGGGAUGCCAGUAACCAGGUGUACCUCAGUUACAACAAUGUCUUUGCCCUGAAGAUGCUGGCUGCAAGAGACAACUGGGUCCUGACACAUGAGAAGAAUCAGGUCAGCCUAUACACACUGGAGGAAGACCAGUUCCUGUGCGUCAGAGUGGAGGCCGAGGUGGAGGUUCCUGCAGCCUCGGCCUUCCAGCUGCUCUCGGACCUCCGACACAGGCAGAAGUGGGACCAGCACUACGACUCGUGUGAGUUGAUAGCUCAGGUCGAUGAAGAUGACAGGCUCUACCGCGUGGUGACCCCCUCCAUCAGCGGGGUUGGUAAAAUCCAAGACUUCAUCCUUCUGGGAUCCAGGAGGCCGCCGUGCGAUCAAGGGGACCCUUACGUGGUAGCACUCCGCUCCGUCACUCUCCCCACUCACCCGCCUACGGAGGAUGUGAACCGGGGUGAGGUGCUGUGUGCCGGCUUCACCAUAUACGCCGUGUCCAGCAGCGUGGCCAAGAUCUCCUACUACAACCAGGCCAGUGCGGAGGUGCUGCCGUACAUCUCCACGGACGUGGCAGGCCUCUCCUCCAGCUUCUACUCCAACUUCUAUGCCUGCAGCCGCUUCCUGCUGGAGCACAAGGCUGAGGACCCAGGGCCCGUUCUGGCCUCUACGCCAUUGUGAAUACGUCUGGCUCUGCCACCCGUACGCUCACGGCAAUCCAAACUUUUCUCAUCUCUGUAUCCUAUGGAAAGCGCUGCCAGUUGCUACCAGAGCAGGGAUACCCCUCUCUAUCUUCAAAAACCUCCUGAAGACCCAACUCUUCUGAUAGUACCUCCUCUCCUAGCACUACUAACAAAUGGACAUGCUUAGUCUAGCGAUUACCACAACAUUCUGCUCUAUCCUGACUGUCCCUCUUCUUCUCUUUCCCUUGACUUAACUUUGCUUGAACGGUCAUUCUGUUCUAUGCCAGUAGUACUUAUUGUUGAACUAACAUGUCCCAGUUGCACUGUACCUUGGUUGGGCCGUUUUUUUGUAAGUCAUGUGGAUAAAAGUGUUGGUUAAAUUACUAAAUGCAAGUGAAUACUCCAUUAUCUAUACUGUUCAUGGGUUUCAUCGGUCCCUUUCCACAGGUGGAUUAAUCAAGCACCAUGCAGUCUGUAUUCAUAACCUAGGUGUUUGAUUUUAUACACCUAUGGACAGGGACCUGAAUGAAACCCAUGAAUACUUUGCUAAUCAAUACUGGAUACAUGUUGAACUUAUCAAAAAGAUUGGCCUCACCACAGGGAUUCAUCAGGUUAAUCUUCUAUUCUUAUUGUAGUUGCAUAUGUAAAUUAUAACAGAAAAUAUAUACUGUAUUUGUACUGUAUUCUGCUGGAUCAUGAUUGCCAAUACUAACUGGAAGGAUAAUAAUACUUUUGUAGUCUGUGAAUAUGGAGAUGCUGCACUUAGUAUUCACUAUCAGUAUUCAAACUGAACCACUAACUGUGGUUCAGUUAGAAUAUUACCAGGAUGUAUGUCAAGGAAAUGUAUAACAGUGUCUCAGUGAUGCUGGGACUCUUCCAGGGCUUUCCAAGAUAUUUGGUUCUGAGUUGGCCUGUAAUCUAUACUUAGUAGCCUACCAAUCAUCCAUUUUUCAAAAUGACGUUCCACACACAACCAGUUAUUAUUUUAAAUACUUGUGCUGUGAUGUUUUUCUACUGACAAAAUGUUUAUUCAACUCAUUGUACAUUUAAAACAUGUGAAAAAUGGGAAUUUGUGUAUUAUGUUGCUUUAUCCAUAUGAUCUUGAUAACAAGAUCUUCUAUUUGUGCUUGUAGACACAUAAUCCAGAUAAUAAAAAGAUGCUU